CACAUCUUGGUGAAUCCGUAUAUACUUUUAAGUCAAAGUCUUCGUUUAAAAAUUUUCCAUUAGAUUUUUGCAUACUAUUAAAUAUUAUUACCUACUUUAUUUCAUCCUCAGCUACCUAUCAUUACCUCUGGCUCUGAAGAACUAGCUAGAUCUCACAAAAAAUCCAUGGAAAUGCUUCACUUCCAUAAGAGUCUUUUCCUACUCUGCCUUUUCUUACCUCUCUACUUCUCUUCAUUUCUACUUCUCUCAUCAGCUUACACUGUUCCUGACAAGUAUUUCAUCAACUGUGGAGCAAGCUCCAACACCACCGUCAACGGUCAGGUCUUUGUUGCCGACAGCAAUUCCCUUUCUUUCUCAACUGGGAAAAGCGAAGAAGUCAGAAACACAUCAGCAUGGAUUCCAGAACUCUAUCAAACAGCAAGAGUUUACAGACAGCCGUGUUCGUAUAGCUUUGAAAUCGACCAGAAUGGUACGUACAUAGUACGCCUCCAUUUCUUUGCUUACUUGUCACGUGCUAAUCUAUAUGAUGCAUUGUUCAAUGUUUCGGCUUCUGGGUUUUCACUCUUAACCAAUUUCAGCAUCCGAAACAGUAGUAGUUCUCCAGUGAUUAAGGAGUUCUUGCUCACCAUCCCACAAGGAAAGUUUAGAAUCCAAUUCAUACCUUCUCAAGACUCAUCUUUGGCUUUCGUAAACGCCAUAGAAGUCUUUCUUGCCAACGAGACCCGCAUCAUUGAUUAUGCCCCUCACGUUAGUUCUGCUCGAAAUGUUAGUAACUACACUGGUUUGCUCUCUCAGGCUCUGCACACAAUCCAUAGGAUCAACUUUGGAGGUUCCCAAAUUGAUUACGAUGAAUUGUGGAGGAAGUGGGUAGCAGAUGAUAGUUACUUAAUACUCCACAGCGAUUCUGCGAAGAAUAGCACGCCUUAUAGUCAAACGCUUAAUUACAAUUCUGAACUGGCCACAAAAUAUACUGCCCCAGAUCGUGUCUACCAGACAGCCAAACAAUUGAAGACAGGUGCUAACGGCAACGCCAGUCUCUUAAAUUUAACUUGGAGUUUUCCUGUCAGUAAGAAUACUAGACACUUUGUUCGGGUCCAUUUCUGUGACAUAGUAACCAAAACACUCAAUGACAUAUUGUUCAAUCUCUAUAUAUAUAGCAACUUUGAUCAGUUGAUUGAUCCGUAUAAUAUAACUGGAGACUUUGCUGUUCCCUUUUUCAUCGAUUAUGUGGUUGAUUCAGAUGAUUCUGGAUUUACCAAUUUUAGUAUAAGUCCUUCAGAGAAUGACUCCCGCAUUCUUAAUGCGUUUUUUAAUGGGCUGGAGAUUAUGGAGUUCAUGAACAAAUCAGGUUCCAUAUCGGAUGAAUGUGGAACAGUCACAGACAAGAAACACUUCCCUGUUAUAAAGAUUAUUGGUUCUGUAAGUAGUGGGGCAUUUGUAAUUUUGAUUAUAGUUUUGGUGCUGCGUUUGAAGUGCAGGAAAGCUGUGCCUGAUCAAAGUUUGACAGGGCUACUUUUUGGUGGGAUAAGUUUUAACAGGUUGUCUGAAGGAAGUGCUAAUUCAUCCUUACCUUCGAAUUUGAACCUCAGUUGGAGGAUAUCUCUAGGUGAAAUAUUGUAUGCGACUAAGAAUUUCAAUGCAAAACUUUUGAUUGGUGAGGGUGGAUUUGGGAAAGUCUACAAAGGAGUUCUUCGGAACGGUAUAAAAGUAGCAGUGAAACGAAGUGAGGCAAGGCAUGGGCAGGGUAUUGAGGAAUUCCAAACGGAGAUCACAGUGUUAUCCCAAAUCCGGCAUCAACAUCUUGUUUCUUUGAUUGGGUAUUGCGAUGAAAGGUCUGAGAUGAUACUGGUUUAUGAAUUUAUGGAAAAGGGGACUCUAAGAGAACACCUCUAUCAUUCAAAUGAAAAUUCUGAGACCGUGUCUGAAUUAUCUUGGAAGCAAAGACUUGAAAUUUGCAUUGGUGCAGCCACAGGUCUGCGUUACCUACACACUGGUCCAGCUGGAGGAAUCAUUCACCGUGAUGUGAAGUCCACAAACAUUUUGCUUGAUGAAAAAUAUGUGGCUAAAGUUGCUGACUUUGGCCUUUCAAAGUCAGGGCUUCCUGAUCCAGAAAAUUUCACCAUGGGUGUAAAGGGUAGCUUUGGUUAUCUUGAUCCUGAAUACCUUACCACCCUACAGUUGACAGAAAAAUCUGAUGUGUACUCUUUUGGAGUUGUACUUCUUGAAAUUCUUUGUGCUAGACCGGCUAUUAACAACUUGCUUCCAAUGGAUGAGAUGAACCUAGCUGAAUGGGGGAUGAUGUGGCAAAGGAAAGGCCAACUUGAGAAAAUUGUUGAUCCGUUUCUAGUUGGUAAAAUCAAGCCUAGUUCAUUGCGAAAGUUUGGUGAAACAGCUGAGAAGUGUUUGAAGGCAAAUAGUGUUGAAAGGCCUAAAAUGCAGGAGGUGCUAUAUGACUUGCAAUAUGCACUGAUGCUUCAAGAAACUGCAAUGCAUACAGACCCAAAUGAAUACAGCACAACAAAUAGUUCAUUGGAAUUGCAGUUGCCUCUGUUUUUGCAUCUGCCUUCUGAUAGAAUCCCGAUUGAAGAAGAUGAUCAUGAACCCACUGGAGGGGAUGACGAUUCUGAUUCAACGGCUAGUGAAGUCAACUCCCAAUUGGGGAAUGAUGGUGCCAGAUAGUCUUCCAUAUGGUUAGAGGUACGUUAGUGUCAUUACGUUUAUGUGACUUCCUAUCACUAUAAAGUUGUAAAAUACUAGUCCAUGGCUGCAAAAAUGCUUUUGUGUUGGACACCACCUAUGGCCUCAUCGAUGCAGUGAACAAAUUGUCUGAUGGUUGAUGCUCUAGUCUCUAUUGCCAUCGUUCUUUUUUAAUUUUAAGUCUUAAUUCCAAGAUGUUCCGAGUAAAACACAUCUAUUUUCUCUUUCUAAUGUAUUGUUCUCUUUGAGUUUUUCUCAAUAUACACAUACUACAGUUUUAAA